GAAAAAUAUCACUAGGCCUUUUGAGGAUCAAACAUCAUUGGAAUUUUUUUCCAAGAAAUCCGAUUGUUCUCUGUUUAUGUUUGGCUCUCAUAACAAGAAGCGACCUAACAACUUGAUAAUAGGUCGUAUGUUUGACUAUCAUAUCUUAGACAUGAUUGAGCUGGGCGUUGAGAAGUUUGUAUCCCUAAAAGAUGUCAAGAACAGUAAAUGUCCUGAAGGAACAAAACCUAUGUUGAUAUUUGCUGGUGACAUGUUUGAUGUAAACGAAGAAUACAGAAGACUGAAGAGCCUUCUUAUUGAUUUCUUCAGAGGUCCUAGUGUGCCAAAUAUUCGUCUGGCUGGUUUAGAGCAUGUUCUGCAUUUCACAGCUGUAGAUGGGAAAAUUUACAUGCGAAGCUAUAAGGUUCUUCUGAAGAAAUCUGGCUGUAAAAUACCAAGAAUUGAACUAGAAGAGAUGGGACCUUCUUUAGAUCUGGUUAUGAGGAGGACACAUUUAGCUUCAGAUGACCUUUAUAAGCUGUCUUUAAAACAACCAAAAGCCCUGAAGCCUAAGAAGAAAAAGAAUAUCUCCCAUGACGUGUUUGGUACAACUUACGGUCGAAUCCACAUGCAGAAGCAAGACCUUGGUAAACUGCAGACACGGAAAAUGAAAGGGUUAAAAAAGAGACCAGCAGAGAAGUCAGCUGAAGAUGGUGGGGUUAGUCCCAAAAAGUCAAAAUCAGAUGGAUAGUGUGGAACAGCUUUGAAGAUUCUCUGUACCUUUUAAGUUUAGUAUAUAUAUUGUAAUAUAAAUGUGUUGGACAUUAAGAAUUCAGCUGCUAUUAGCUUUAGUUUUAUAAAAAAAUCUUUUUAAUGGUUUGUCAUUUUAAAGGGCACAUGGAAGUAUUGAGCUUUAACAUGGAACUCGGUUAUUUAAAAUAAAAAAAAUGUGAUAUGACUUCCUUAGUUUUCC